AUGUUGGAACUCCCUUGUGAGCUGUUAGGGAGCCGAAACCCACGUGCUACAAAUUAUGAGGCCAAAUGGCGGCGCGUCUUCAAAUUAGGAGACUUGCCGUGGCUAGGAGCUCACCACAUACAGAAUGAGACCGUUAUCCCGGCAGCUUUGCUUUGCGUCAUGGCCCUUGCGGCCGCGAUGGAUAUCAGCAAUGGCAGACAAACAGAUAUCAUCGAGCUCUCGGGUGUUACCAUAGGACCGCUGAUCGUACUAAAAGCACCUUCAGUGGAGCUUGAGACCUCGCUCCGUAUCAGCAGCCUCGUUGACUCUGGUAACCCUCGAAUUGACUGCAUCCAGGCAGAGUUCAGUCUCAACGAGGUCGCAACGCACGAUCAAAAGAUGGCCACUGCAGCUAAGGGAAGAUUACGCGUCACUUUUGCAGACCGCGAGUCAACCGACCCCUCAAUAUUAUCCUCCACCGGACAACCCAAGCCGUGUGGAUUGAUACCUGUCAACGUCAACCAAUUUUACGAUUCACUCAGCGAAGUAGGCUUGAGCUAUCGUGGAGCUUUCAGAGCUUUCACUUCUGCUGAGAGGCGUCUGGAUUAUGCUUGCGCUGUCACGAAUACGACCGACGAAGCAGGAGGUGUAUCAGGAUUGCUUCACCCUACCAGGCUGGAGGCCUGCUUCCAGACGCUUUUACUUGCCUUCGCCGCCCCUCGAGAUGGUUCAUUAUGGACAAGCUUCACGUCUACAAACAUCGGUCGCGUGACCUUUUUUCCACAUUCAUUCGUCGGCCUGGAUACGCCUGCCUCAAUUACUGUCGAAGCGCAUCUACAGGAAUAUGAGCCAGGGUGUGAGGCAAUGUUACCCAUGAUCAAAGGGAACAUUGAUGUCAGCAGCUCAGAGACCGGCCAGUUACAAAUGCGCCUCGAAAGUCUUACCAUGAGCCCCACGAUUUCCUCUGCCGAGAAGCAGGAUAAACUCAUGUACCUGAAAAUGGCAUGGCAGCAAGACAUCCUAUCGGGAGUAUUACUCGAGCAAAAUGAUAAUACCUCCUGUCACGAGUGGUUGGGCUUCUCUCACGGUCACAGGUUUAUUCUGGCAGCAACCAGACAGAUCUCACAUCGCUACCGAAAGUUAAAAAUUCUCCAAAUUGGAACGUCGCCUAUCCAUUUGGUACAAGCUAUGUGUCAGGAUCUGGGGGAGGCUAUGAGCUCAUAUACAAUUAUGGAUACAUCGGACAGGGCCAUAGCAGAAAUGAGGAGGGUGACCAUAUCACACGACUUGCCUAUCAAGCUCGAAGUCCUCGACAUUCCAAAGGAUGUUGGAAUAUUGUACGAGUCAACCGCCCUCAGUCCAAUUGACCUCAGCUCUUUCGACUUGAUAAUUGCUCUGAAGACCUCCAGAGAUGAGUCUGUUCCAUUGGAAUCUAUGCGAGGUUUCUUAAAACAAGGAGGGUUUUUACUGAUGACGGUGACGGUAACGGAGGCCAUUCCGCCGGAAGCAACAGAUACUACCUGCAAGGAAAUACACCAAAUGUUGCAGAGAGCUGGGUUUUCUGGUGUUGACUCAUUGCAAAGGAAACGAGAAAAGGGUUCGUCCUUUGUCAUCUUGUCGCAGGCCCUCGAUGAUCAGGUCAGCUUUCUGAGAGCCCCGUUUGAGUCGACACCAGCUUUUAGUAGAGGAGGAUCACUUCUUGUUAUAGGUGGCUUGUCGCAAAAUACCAAACUAUUUAUAGAAAUCAUCGAGAGCAGACUGAGAUGUGUGUGGGAUGGGGAGCUCAUCAUGAUUAGUUCCCUGACCGACUUGAACAGCCGGGACUUCCAACAAGUGGAAGCUGUCCUUAGUCUGACCGAGUUGGAUUAUUCGGUUCUGGAGAAUCUCAGUUGUGAUACAUUUCACGGCCUACAUCAACUUUUUGACAAGUCCAAGAUAGUCCUGUGGGUUACCCACGGCGCUAGAAAUCAAAACCCGCACCAAAGCGGUACAAUUGGACUUGUUCGAGCCGUCCAAGCUGAAUGCCCGGAGAAGAUUCUGCAACUCCUUGAUUUGGAUGAGAUCUAUGGCAACGAGUCUCUUGUGGCAGAGAGCUUCCUUCGGCUUAUUGGAGGUGUUCGGAUGCGAGAUAAUAGCUUAAGCAUGCUGUGGACUGUUGAACCGGAGCUGUCAGUCCAAGGAAGGAGACUUCUCAUUCCGAGAAUUCUUUUCGACAAAAAGCGCAACGAUCAUCUCAACUCUUUACGGCGGACAUUAGAGGCUGGAAAUCCCCCAGGUCUUUUCUCGCCGAGUAAGACGUACGUUCUUAUUGGUCUUAGCGGGCAAAUCGGCCAGUCUAUCACCAGAUGGAUGGUAGAGGGUGGUGCGCGCCACGUUGUGAUCACAAGCCGGAAUCCCAACAAACACACACUCUGGAAAGAAGAGCUAGAAAAGAGAGGUGCCAAUAUUGUGAUUAGGGCAGCAGAUGUUACAAAAAAGCAAGAUAUGAUUAAUCUUCGUAACCACAUUCUCGGGGCUAUGCCCUCUAUCGGAGGUUUGGCAAAUGGUGCAAUGGUUCAGUCUAAUUGCUUCUUCUCCGACCUGACGUACGACGCCCUACAAGAAGUCCUUAAACCCAAGGUGGACGGGUCCGUGAUCCUUGACGAGGUCUUCUCUGAUGAUGAUCUGGAGUUUUUUUUGUUGUUCUCGUCCAUAUCGGCUGUGGUUGGCCAACCAUUCCAGGCAAAUUACGAUGCUGCUAAUAAUUUCAUGAAUGGCUUGGCAUUCCAGAGACGAGCUCGCAACCUCCCUGCCUCGGUGAUCAACUGUGGUCCUAUCAUAGGGCUCGGAUUCAUCCAAAAUAUUGAUAGCAGUGGGGGAUCUGAGGCUGCGAUUUCUACCUUAAGAGGCCUGGAUUACAUGCCUGUCUGCGAGCGCGAGCUUCAUCACAUAUUGGCUGAAGCGAUCCUCGUGGGAAGGACCUAUGAGACACCAGAACUUAUCACCGGGCUAGAAACGGCCUCUGAGAACUUCCCGCCUUUCUGGCACAAGAGCUUGAUAUUUUCACAUAUCAUAUAG